UUCUCAAAACCAAACCCUAUGUUUCUAUUCUAUUACAUAUCUCUGGUUUUCAUCGUUGAAAAUCAACACUUCUCAUUUUCAUCUGCAAAUUCUGAAACCAACACCUUCCACUAUGGCUUCCAUCAACAGCUUUUGGAUUCUCUCUCUCGCUCUCCUCUUCCUCGCUUCCCCUCUCCUUCAAGUUGCUAUGUGCCAAUCUGACUCUGAUGGAGCUGUGGAUGCCACUGACGAAGCGAGUGAUAUUGGCAUCGUUGGUGAUGAUGCUCAAGACUAUGGUGGUGAGACCUUCACCUCUGCUCCGGGAAUUGAAACAAUAAGCGUAUUUCCAAAAAAUAGCGCAAGAUUGGUAACUGCCGGAGAAGAUACAGAGCUGCUCGUUGGUGUGAAAAAUAAUGGAGAGUCAAGUUUGAAUGUUGUUGCAAUCAGGGCCAGUGUUCACCUUCCCUUUGAUCAUCGCAUGCUCGUUCAAAAUCUUACUGCUCAGAUUUUCAACAAUGGUUCAGUACCAUCCUCAGCACAGGCUACUUUCCCAUAUUUGUUUGCAGUCAGCAAGUUCUUGCAGCCUGGAACUUUUGAUCUUGUGGGCAGUAUUGUAUAUGAGAUAGAAGACAAUCCGUAUCAAACCACCUUCUUUAAUGGCACUAUUGAAGUUGUUGAAGCUGGUGGCUUUCUUAGCAUUGAAUCUGUUUUUCUUGUUACUCUUGGAGCUGCCCUCCUGGUCCUCCUUGGGCUAUGGAUUCAUGGUCAAAUACAAAACCUGUCUAAGAAAACAAAGAGGGCUCCAAAAGUUGAAGUUGGGACUAGGAGUAUCGAUGCUUCAACAGAUGAAUGGCUACAGGGAACUGCAUAUGCCCAGUCUCUGUCAAGCAAAUCAAAGAAGAAGAAGUAGAUGAACACCUGUUCUCAAGUUCAGCCGCACAAGACUCUACCAUGUGGUACAGAAUCCUGUAACAGACUAGGUCUGUGAGUUUGUUAGGAGUACGAGGAAGUAGUUCUGAAAUUUUGGCUGAAAGGACCUGUCUUUUCUGUUGUAGCUUAAAAGAAUUUUCACUUUUUUUUAGCCUUCCAAUGAAGUUGAGCAUUAUCGAUGGAAAACUAACAAGGAUGUGAGUUAGGAAGGAUACAACUUUUGAGAUGUGGCAGAAUUUUUAUCAGAUAAUUUAAUUUUAUUCAUAUCCUUUUGUUUU